UCAUUGGUAUAUGAAGGAGUGACACUGACGUGUUAUAUAAACGAUAACUUCUGUCUUUCAUACAACAGUAGCAGACAGAACUUCUUGACUGAAACAACCAUCACAUUAUGAUGACCAAAUUUAUUUUUCUAGCUGGUUUUUCCCUGGCAUUGUGUCACUUCGGAUGGUCCUCCGAACUGAUAUGCUACUUCACAAACUGGUCUCAGUACAGACCUGGUGUUGGCAAGUACAUGCCAGAAAAUGUAGAUCCACAUCUGUGCACUCAUUUAAUUUAUGCUUUUUCCGCCAUUAAUCCGGUAAAUGAGUUGAUCACUUCUGAAUCUAAUGAUGAAACUCUCUACAAAUCUUUCAAUGGACUAAAGGAAAAAAAUCCCAGCUUGAAAACUCUCUUGGCUGUCGGAGGAUGGACCUUUGGCUCAGAACAAUUUAGUAUCAUGGUGUCCUCACCAGCAAACAGGACGACGUUUAUUCAGUCCUCCAUCACAUUUCUGAGGAAACAUGGCUUUGAUGGUCUGGAUCUGGACUGGGAGUAUCCAGGUUCCCGUGGAAGUCCUCCAGAAGACAAGCAGAGGUUCACUCUGCUCUGUAAGGAGCUCUUGGAAGCUUAUGAGGCAGAGGGUGCUGCCACUGGACGUCCCAGACUCAUGCUCACUGCUGCAGUGGCUGCUUUUAAAGGAACUAUUGAUGAAGCUUAUGAAAUUUCAGAAAUUGCCAAGUAUUUGGACUUCAUUAAUGUGAUGACCUAUGACUUCUACGGUUCAUUUGAAAAUUUCACCAGGCACAACAGUCCUCUGUAUGAUGGCUCUGGAUACCCAGGAGGCAACAUCUACUAUAACACUGAUUUUGCAAUGAGAUACUGGAGAGAUCAGGGCGCUCCUGUGGAGAAGCUGAGGAUGGGCUUUGCUACAUAUGGAAGAACAUUUCGCCUGUCUUCACUUUCUGGACCCAGUGGAGUUGGAGCUCCAGCUAAUGGUUCUGGAUCAGCUGGAAACUACACCAGAGAGGACGGAUUCUGGUCCUAUUAUGAGAUCUGUACUUUCCUUCAAGGAACCUCUGUGGAAUGGAUUGAAGAUCAGAAAGUUCCUUAUGCAACAAAAGGACAAGAAUGGGUGGGAUUCGACAAUAAGGAAAGCUUUGAGAUAAAGGUGAACUACCUAAAGAAGGAAAAGUUUGGAGGAGCUUUCGUCUGGGCUCUGGAUCUUGAUGACUUUAAAGGACAGUUCUGUGAUCAGGGCGAAUACCCCCUCAUUGGACAUCUCAGCACACUUCUUAAUAGAGAUUUCUCAACUGUCUCUCCAAAUCCAACACAUGAGCCUGGUAAGACCACAGCAUCCAGCGCUGGAUCUUAUGCCACAAGACCUCAUGUUCUAAUCGCAUGUCCCAUAAAAUGCAUUGCCCUGAUGGGACUGUCUUCAAUCCUGGCUGCAUGUGCUGCGACUGGCGUAAGAAUGAACCUCAUGUUGUCACUGUUCCACUCCUACUAGGGAAAUGUUUAGAACUUUGGCAGGGUUUUGCAAAACUAUUUGGUAUCAGUAAUUUCACACUUUACCUUUACGUUUUCUGUUAAGGUUUUUUUUAUUUUAAGACAUAUAUGAUAUAAUACUACUUUAAUAAAAUAAUAUGCUACAUUUUGUUGUUUCUUUAAAAAAGAAGCACAGUCUUACUUGCCUGAUUAAAACUUACCUGAUAUCCGCUAAUUUUUACAUUUAAAGUGGAACUGCUUUAGUAACCUUGACAUUAUUAUUUUUUAUGCAAAAUCUGUGUGUUUUUAUCACGAUGUUAGAAUAUUUAUUCAAAUAAAAAAACACCCAUCUACUGUAUUUUUGUUAGUAAACUAAACAAAUAAACAAUUAACCACCUUGAGAUAAUUAAAACUAUUUAUGUAAAAUAUUUACUGUAUAAUAUUUAUUUUGUGAUCCGUAAUCAAUGAUGUCAUUCAAAGUGACAUUUAAAUAACCAAUAACAAUAACUUUGUGUUGAGCAACAGGUUUGUGAUGCAGGUGAUAUGCAGAGAUAAAUGUGCAGAGAUAAAUCACUUCUGUCUAACAACAUUUUAAUUAAUAAUCUACUGGCAAAAUGGGUGCCCCAAGCAGGAUUGUAUUGUUGUGCCCACCUUUCUCAAAUAUCAUGAAAACAACAACAGCAACAAAAACUAGAAAAAUAGAAACUUUAAUAAAAAAAUUUUUUUUAAGUAAAUAAAUUUGUAUUAUUUACAAAUUACAAUUGUAACUCUCGACAUUUACCUGGCUUAUUAUGACUCUUCAUUCUUCAGGAUCCCUUUUCAGGCAUUUGUAAUAACAUGUUAUUGUAUAUUUUGUAUUAGCCUACAUUAUGUAUUUUAACAGUGUUAUUGUGGUGGUGAAAUUAUUUCUGACAUUAAAACUCAUUAUUAACAUCAAAAAAGUUUCCCAGAAAUUUACCUGAAAGUGAUACAAUGGCCUCAUCUUUACCUGUUUUUAUACAGUCUUUUGUUUUUACCUAAAUUAUUUUCAAUGUGCUCCUGUGGCUCAAGUGGUAGAGUGCUGCAUUAGCAGCACAAGGUUUUGGGUUUGAUUCCCUGGAAAAACAUGUUGGGUAAAAACUGUUGAUGCACUGUAAAUUGCUUUGGAUAAAAGUGUCUGAUAAACAUACAAUCUAUAUUAAUAAAUAUCUAAAAUGUAUAAA